UAAAAUAGAAGUUACUUCUUUAUUUCAUUAUGAUUUAUGACAUACGACCACAUGUAUGUGUCCGGCCAUCAAAAGACAGUACCGCAGUCAUCAGACGUGUUGGUACACGAUGGUCCUUAUUUAUUUAUAUUUAUUUAAUUUUAAACCAUGGAACAACCCAUACGUCCCAUACGGAGCAUAUGUAUGUUACUACAACACACUUCAACUUCACUAUGUUGGUGCAUUUGGGAGGUGUUGGAGGGUGAGGCUGGAUCGCAAUGAGAUGGAUAGUAUUAUGGCAGAUAAUACAGUCACCAAUCGGUUAACGAUAUAUAGUUAACCAAUCCUACGAAUAUCAAACAAACAACCUACAAAACACAUAACGUAAACAUAUGCGAUGAUGGAAGAGGUUGCAACACUGAAAGAGAAUUCUGCAGAAAGCUAUUUGAGGAUGAAAAUGAAAAAGAACUUUGUAUUGUAGGUAUGUCUUUGAACGAAUCAUGCUCUCACGACCGUCAGUGCACUGGUACUGCAAACGCUGGGAGGUGUCAAUAGAACAAACAGAGUCGAGGUGGUGGUGUCUGCUCCUGCGACCCAGGAUUCUUUCAAGAGGGUUCGAAUUGUUUACAAGCAAAUCCAGCGUCCACUAAGCUUUUGCCAUGGUAUGGAACUUGCAUGUGCAAAUGUAUUUGGGAGUGCUUGCCACUCAGCGUUCUCCAAAGUAGCCGACGGCUUUUCCAAUCUUGUGAAUCACACAGUCAAUGUACAGGAACUUAUGGGGCACGGGAAUGUAAAUUGAUCACUGGUAUACAAAUGUGUCACUGUCCGGAUAAUUACACAGUUUUUCGAAACUUUUGUUUAAAAGUUGGGUCAGUCAUAUGGGAGACGUGUACAUCAAAUGCAGAAUGUACCGGUACAGAAAAUGGGGGGAGAUGUGUCUACAGCGAUGUUACACGGACUCAAACAUGUGCCUGCGAUGAGGAUUUUCUAACAAAUGGUUCAUAUUGUUUACCAGUCAAUAAAAAGCUUUUUGAGACUUGUGAAGUAAAUGAUCAGUGCAAUGGAACGUUGGGUUUGGAAAUCUGCAGAACAGUUGGUGAUAGAAAGGUGUGUUUCUGUGGAUCUCAAUACAUAGCUGACAUGGCUUCCUUAACAUGUCACAAAGUUGGUAGACAGCUGCUUCAAUCCUGUCAGUAUUGUGUGCAAUGUAACGGGACUACACAUGCAACUGUGUGUGGAUUGUUUGGAAACAGAUCACUAUGCUUUUGCAAUAAAGGCAUUGUUGAAUCUAAUGGGAAAUGUACCGAAGAAAUAAUGUAUCGAUUUAUGUUUGUCGGAGCAGGCGGGCUUCUCUUUGGAAUAUUUUACUCGAUUGUAACACUUGUACGUAAAUGUAGAAGAAACAUACUAUCCAGAAGUGGAAGGUUUGUAGUACAGUCUGAUCAAGAAAACAUCAAUCUUCAAUCCACUCUGUAUGCUGUGCCCAGUGAUAUUAGGAAUUAUGUGGAACCUUCAACGUUUGUUCACCAAGAUACCCAAAGACUAGCAAAUUACACAUACAAUCACCUCAACGAACCAUUGGAAAUGGAAGAUAAUGCGUUCUCUCAGCAAAUGUUUGUAGAGCAGGACCCUUGUGAUGACGUGUACAACCACCUCCAUGAAAAAGAAGCACCACUGUGUCAAGGCGUGUAUGACGUCGCGGAAAAUGUCUCUAAAGGCAUGUUCCAGAGUUCUGAUGAUGACCCCACAUCGACUGAUUUCUAUGAUUUUGCUGAACCUAUAGAUGUAAACACAUUCUAAAUAUGCGAUAAUUACAUCUGUAAAGCUUUCAUAUAUUGUAUAACUUCAAUUUUACAAUUCUUCAAUGUUUGGGAUGUAAAACAAAUAAAUAAGUACGUUAAACAACUUCUGGAAUGUCAAAUAUGAGAGUUGAAGUAGAAUAUGGAUAGAUGUACAACGACGGGUUUUCUGGGACGAAGGUUGAUGCAUGUUCACAUACCAAGAGACACCAUACUGAAUCAUAUACACGUUGAUACUUAAAACAGUUAAACCAAUGCUCUAAUAUCUCAUCAGCACCCUUGCAAUUGUAUCGUGUCAUCCUUGCAAACGUUCCAAUCUUAAAAGUGCAGCAGCUGUAGUGAGUGGAAUUUUAAAGUACAAACUAAGUUUCUUUCUGAUUGAUCCCCAUCAUCAUGUGUGUUAUAUGUGUUUGUGAUUAAUGGUAAACUAUUAAAUAUCACAU